AUGGCUUGGCGGCCUUGGCUGAGCCAACAUGGCUUCCCUCUGGCUGCUUUCCAUGAGCUUCGUUGCUUUGGUACCUUGCCGAGGCAAAGUCGUUCCGCGCGCGCUACGAGCCCGUUGCUCCAAAGAGAACUGCAGAGAGCUUCCACUGCACAACAAGUGCUGACCAUCGUAGGAACACAUUUCCAGAUCCUUGAUGCCCGCAAUGUGAGCUUUGCAUUUCAAAAGAUUGCAGCCAUGCAGGCCACGACCUUCGACAGCGACAAAAACUUCCAAAAACUCUUGGGAUCUCUGGAGCGACUGGUGCCACAGCUUGACAGCAAGGAACUUGCAAAGCUUUGCAGCAGCCUGAGCACUCUGCGAGUGAAGGGCGAUGAGAGCGGGCCCUGGCCCUCUAUCAUCACGGAAGUGACCCACAGGCUCCAUGCGUCGCAGCUCACCGAGCUGGACAUCUGUGAGAGCCUCCGGGCCCUGGCGCGAGUGGAUCGUGGCCUGCGAGCCUUUGAGGCAGCGGAAUCCAUGGAGGUGGCUACCUGGAUGAGUUUCCAUGGAACCGUGAUUGUGAUGUGGGCGAUGGCUACUGCAGCUUAUCCGUUAAGCGCCGAGCUCCUGAACCACGUGCAUUCGCAGCUCUCUAGCAGUGCUUCCGACGAGACUCUGAAGUUAAUCGCCGUGGCAGCUGGAAAGGGUCAAAGCAGGGAUACCGGACAGCUGAUGACCCUGGUGGCUGGCCUGGUGGAAGUGGCACAUGGCGAUGGCCGGGUGAACCCGUCACUGCUACGGACAUUGCUCUGGGCUUCGGUGAAAGCAUCAGCGGUGGGGGUGGCUGUCAGCCUGGAAACCCUAAAGGAGCUGGCUGACCAGGGCUGCCAGGGUCUCCCAGAAGCUGCUGCAGCGGACAUCGUCAGUUUUGCAUGGGCCGUGGCUUGUGUAGAAGGUUUGCGCAAUCACAGCAUGGACCAUGUUCUGCAGGCUUCUUCUGCAGAGGCGCUGAAACGAAGAUAUUUCGAUGCACAGCAUCUGGCCACGCUGCUGUGGGCACUCGCCACCGGCACUGGAAGCGCUGCCAGCGCCUCGGCGUUGGCACAGCGCCUGGCGCCGCACGUAGCGAAGCUGCCGGAGAAGCUGCUGCUGCGAAGCACCAAAGCUCAGUUGAAGCUGACGGCUGAGGCAAAGCAUCUCGACCGUGCCAGCAGUGUCCUUCUGGAGUCUAUUUGCGAUGAGCUUUUGCAGAGAACCUCCACUGAAUCUGACGCAGAACAAGUCUCUCCAAGCACAGUUUCUUCAAUAGCAUGCGCUCUGGCACAUUCUCCACAUUCAGAGACCCAGAGACUUUGUGCUACUUUGGAGCCAAUCCUAGUGAUGCAAGCAGGCUCCUUGCCCCCAAAUCACUUAGUGCGGCUGGCUGUCGCUGCUGCCCAACUAGAAGAACCGCCGACCAAGCUGGUUGGUGCGCUGGUAGCUGCGGUAAGUACAAAGGCCAGGCAGCUACAUCCGAAGGACCUUCAGCGAGUAGCAAAGUCCUUAGCAGAGAUGAAGGUGGCGGACUGCCAGGUCAGGCUUGUGCGGGAAGACGCAGGCCAAGCCAGUGGCAAAACUUUCACCAUGGGGACGAAUUGCAGUCGCACUGACGACGAGACUCCAGGUGUUCUCCUCAAAAUGAGAAGCGCCAAACCCAUUCCUGUCUAUCUUCACAUCUACAACUUGGGCUCUUCAGGGCAGAUGUCCUUUGUGAACACCGUCUUGAAGUCUUUCGACAGUGGAGCAUUUCACUGUGGAGUGGAGGUCUACGGUUUGGAAUGGAGUUUCUCUGAUAUCUUGGAGGUCAAUGGUGAGAGAUCGCGGACUGGUGUGUUUAGUUCGUGGCCGAAGCAAAGUCCUGGCCAUCACUUUGUUGAAACCGUCAGUAUGGGCUGCACCAACAAAACGGAGGUGCAAGUGCUGUACACUGUAGCGCAAAUGGAGGCUGAUUGGCCCAUUUCUGAAUACAACAUUCUGCGGAAGAACUGUUGCCACUUCGCUGAUGCCUUGUGCAAAGAGCUCGGUGUUGGUUCUGUUCCUCAGCGAGUGCUGAAUCUGUCGAAAGCGGGUGCCUCUGUUGUCGAUGUCGCCCAUGCAACAUGCUGCAGCAGACCCAAGGCAUGCGGCGCUCUGAGCUGCUGCUAUGGUGCCCCGGUGGAGAGGAUGUAUCAGGAAGUUUACACCUCGCCGCGACACAAGGCCAAACUGGCAUCACCAAAAAGGCUGCAUCCCACGCAUCCAGAGUUCCAGCUGACAGAUCAAGACAGGUGGGUGAUGGUCAGCGUGAUCCAGCCCUGCCUGGUGAGUAACGCUCAGAACAAAGAUGUGAUAGGUGCACCCCACGAAUUUGAUCCUGUCUCCACAGAGGUCAAUGAAGGGUCGGCCCCAAGUCUUUUGGGCAAGCGAAGCUGGUCUCGCUGGCAGGAGGAGGAGCAGCCAGAGGCCCCAUUGAGCAUUCCACGGAAUACCCGGCGAAGGGCCCCAAGUGUGUCAUUGACCAAGACUUCAGAUGAUUGGAGCUGGCGAGGCUCCAAAAAGUGGGAAUGGGACAGCAGUACAGAUUGGUCCUUGAGCCACAAGAAAAAUGACGAGGACUAUAAAGAUUGGUCCAGCUGGGACAAAGACUACUAUGACUAUGACUACGGCAACUUCGGCAGAGGCAAGUGGUCCAAGUCCAAGCACAGAUCUGGUUCGAGUUGGAGCGAAAAGGAGGAGACUGUAGCCUCCAGCUCAGCUCCUGCACAAGCGACUGCGAAUGGAGUGAUGCUCUAUGUGGCAGUGCCCAUCGUCAGCGUCGGCAAAGGAACCGACUUUGAGUCCAAUGCAGCACCGCUCUUGCAAGCAAUUUUACAGGCCCAUUCGAAGGCGGAGUGUCUGUACGAAAACUGCGACAAACUUCCAGAGGCGAAGCGCAUCGCAAAGGAAGCCAAAGAGAGAAAGAUUGUUUCUGCUCGUGCCGAAGUCAGCUUUGUACGGCCAAGAGGCAGUGAGUCCCCAAUAGCUGGCGGUCUACAGGGCAAACGAUCGUUGAUGUUGGCAUUGGUUUUCGCUCUUGCCAAACAGAGAAGCUGCUUCGAUCGUUGCGUGACAUUUCUUCGCGCGUACAGCCUUGAUGACGACUUCAAGAGGCUGAUGGCUGAUUCAGGCCUUUCUGAUUGA